AUGAACAAUGGAAGUCCUGCUCCGUCGCCAACGCCUCAGGGCCCUCCCGCCGGCCAUGUGCCCAACUCCCCGUCUCUCACUUCGAGCUUCUCGGUCGAUACCUCUUCCGCCUACGACCCCGAUGCUCCCAAAUACUUCUUCCAGGAGAAAUACGCGCCCUUGAAUGUGAAGGGCAACUUCUUGACGUUGUGUGCCUGCCCCAAGAACGUGGAGUUGGGCGAAUGGCUGGCUCACCAGAUUGUUGAACAAUAUCGCCUGCUCCACGGUAUGCUCCAGGUCAUUCAGGAGGUCAACAGCCUCACGGGUCUCCCAAUCUGCAAUGAAAACACUUGCCCCACCAUGUCCGCUGGUCGAUUGACAUACACAUGGCUUGUCGAUGGCCGUGCAGCUAAGAUCUCGGCUCCCAAGUUCAUCAACCGCGUUGAGAAAUGGAUCGUCAGCAAGAUCCAUGACCCCGUCAUGUUCCCCACGGAGAAGUUCGCGGGCAUGCCGGAGACAUUUGCGAUUAACGAAGUUGGAGGCGCUAGUGCUACUGCUGGAGAGGAAUGGAUCGGCAAGUCCAGCGGCUUCCCGCAGACAUUUUAUAAGGAUUGCCAGGGCAUCAUGAAGCAGAUGUUCCGCUGUUAUGCUCAUCUCUAUCAUGCACACUGGUUGAACCCUUUCUGGCACAUUAACAAGCACGACAUUCUGAACAUGUGCUUCGUCCACUUCGUCACCGUGGCGAAAUACUACAAGCUGGUCUCCGACAAGGAAAUGGAGCCUAUGCAGCCAUUGAUCGACCUGUUCAUCAAACAGCAAAGGAUCCCGCCGGAGGCUCUUUCCGGGGGUCACUGGGGCCAACAACAACAGGCCUCUAGCUGA